GAUAAUCUUUACAUCCCAGACAUUGUUUCUAUCCUAGAUAUCCUUUCUAUCCCGAUUUCAACAAUGUCUACACUACCAGAAAACAACAGCCAGGUUCGUACUGACUUCGAAGACAACGACUUCGAAGAUAACGACUUCGAAGCGGACUUUAAUAAAGCAUACGAAGCACAAGAAGAAGCAGGAAAUGUUGACGAUAACGGCUUCCCUGAAGGAUUCGAUGAAGAAUAUUCCAGAGAGUUUGAUGCGCAAGAAGCCGCAGCCGCCGCCGCCCCUGCCCCUGCCCUCUUAACCGAUCAACAAGAAGAAGCAGGAACUGUUGACGACAACGGCUUCCCUGAAGGAUUCGAUGAAGAAUAUUCCAGAGAGUUUGAUGCGCAAGAAGCCGCCGCCGCCCUCGCAACCAAUCAACAAGCAAGAACAAUGGUUGCCGAUAAUGAAAGCCAAGUUGACGAGGACGCUGAGAGCAACGACCCCUCGGAUGAUAUCCAAAAGCUCCUUGCUAGAGUAGCGGCAGAUGAAAGGAAAGCCGUGAAGGAACAUCCACGCGCAAGAUUUGCUCAGCUCUUGGGCAUGCGUAUUAACGAGCACGGGAUUUUACGACCCAAGUGCACCGUCGAAGAAAGAAAAGCAAAGCUGCGUGAGAAGCAAGCCAGACGAGAAGCCAGAGAACAAGCAGAAAGAGAGAAAAGAAUCGCUGGCUAUAAAUCCCUUGGUGUCUCAAAGUUGCAAGCUAUCUGCUUGGACUAGUGGCAGAUGCGAAGAUUUCUUUUUAGAGAAACGUAUAAGAAUUUUGUUCCUGGACUCCUGUUGGAGGAAUGUAUAUGUACCAUGGAUAGACAUGUCAGCGGCUCUUAAAAUUGGUUGUAUACUUUCUUGGAGAAUAGAAGCUUUUUUGCCUCAAUAUCUUUCAUGCACUUGCCAUAUCUGAUACUUUGAAUGAUGAGCAUUUUGAGGCCAAACAAUGUAAUAAAGAAUCUCAUACUCGCUGCUGCCUUGUAACUGCGUAUCCCAACACGCACUUGCGUUAUUCAAACCCCACUGACAACAUAUCUUUUAAAAUAUUUCUCUUCCUCUUUCAACACUUCCCACUUCCCCAUUCCUCAACUCCACGCAUAUUAUCCUACCCCAUUGUCUCUCCAUCCUCAACCUACAGCCCGUUCCUUCCCUCAGUUCCCAGCACGUUAAAUCUCUCCACCUAUCCCGUCGCGCCGCCAUAAACUCCAUCAACUCGUGCUAUCACAACAACACCCUCUCUAUUCUUCUCUCACUACACUACCUCAUUCUACCCUACUGUAUCAAAUCCACCCUAUCAACAUCAACAUCAAUAUGAAUAUCAACACCAAUACCCAUACCCCCAAAAACCCACGCAUCUCCCAACCUUCCCUCCUCCCAAAUACCCUGUCCACCAAGCCCCCUCCCUCCCUAGAAAAAUUUCUCAACCUCUUACCCCACAUGCACAAACACCCAUCCACCUCUACACACAAGUACCAUAACCAUAGCCUCCCUUUACACAAGCACGAUAAGGUAAGAUUACCUACUAUUACCCAAGCAAAAUAAAUCACCAAAAUCAAGUCUCAUAUCACA